AUGUCCGACAUAACCAACACGACCAUCGAGUCGAAACGUGAAUCUGCCAUUGAAAUACCAGCGCCAAAACCAAUCAAUGAUACUCGUUUGCGUCGAUUUCUAGUGCUUGCUUCAACUAAAAUUGCCAGACGAAUCCCUUAUUGCCGCCGUUAUGGCCCCCUCAGGAUAUCUCCUGGAAUUUGCGUCAAAAGCGGAAAAUCCAUAACUUUGGCCGAAGCAUCAACCAUGAAAUUCAUUGGAGAACAUACAUCUAUUCCAGUGCCCAAAAUCUACUGUUCAUUUGUACACAAGGGAAGCACAUAUAUUGUCAUGGAAAAGAUACGUGGAAGCCCCUUAGUGCAUGGAUGGGUACAUCGGACACCUGAAUCUAAAGCAAAGAUACUUUCUCAAAUUCGAGAAUUAAUUGCGGAGAUGCGGAAGCUGACGCCGGCAACUUCAAAGAUAGCCAAUGUCGAUGGCGGUAUUUUGUAUGACGGAAGAAUCAAUGGGCCUGCACAAUUUGGACCUUUCGAAAAUACUAAUGAGUUUCACCGGUAUCUGCGGUCGGAUGCGCCAGCUCGAGCUACCAACCCUGAAGGCGUGAAUGAGCUUAUAGAAUGGCACGAUGGCCCUUGGCUUGAUCCACCUGUUUUCACGCAUGGCGAUUUGAGUAGCCUCAACAUUCUGGCAGAAGGUGACAAAGUUGUUGGGAUCAUUGAUUGGGAGACUGCUGGUUGGUAUCCUUCUUAUUGGGAGUACACAACAGCUAUGUACGUCAACCCAUACAAUGAAUUCUGGAAGGAGGAGGUUGGUAAAUUUUUGGAUCCGUUCCCAACAGCACAAGCUAUGGAAGAGAUUCGGCAGAAAUACUUUGGAGAUUACUGA